AUGAUGUUCAAAAGCACCCUUUUGGCCCUUGCUGCCACUAUUGGCUUGUCAGACGCUCUAGGCAUCAACUGUCGAGGCAGCGGCCUUUGCUCUGGCAACAAAGGUGCUCUAAGUCAACUCAUUGCUCAGGUCAGGGCCAUAGAUCCUAGCAAGAGGUUUGGCAACGGAGAGCAUGUCACCUGCGUUGACAUUGACAAUAUCGGCAACCACCCAGCUAUCUGCGCCUUUUAUCAGGGCAUUGGAGACCGCACCUUCUCGCUUUCUGAGACCCAGACGUUUCUCCAGCAAAUCGUCGAUCAUGGCUGCAAGCUUUGCGGAAGCGUCCCGACUGACCCGGGCAACAAUGUUGCCAACGGCCAGCUGACCGUCAACGUCGUUAUCAACCCUACCAAGCGCGAUGCACCCCAAAGUCCGGCAGUCUAUGAGAAGCGUGAUGCACCUCAAAGCCCGACGGUUCAUGAGAAGCGCGGCGACAACCUCCUUGUCAGGCGCCUGGGUAUCAACUGCCGUGGUAGCUCCACCUGCGGAGUUGGCGGUAUUGGACACACACCCAACGGAGACCUCAAGGAUGUUCGCGACGCUGUUGCCGCGGGCGAGGAGGGCAACUUUGGCAACGGUGAUCAUAUCGCCUGUAUUCCCUUUGUUGUUGGACAACUGUGCGCUUUCUACCAGGGUAUUGGCAGUCGAACAUUUACCAAGGAGCAAUCUGUCACGUUUCUCGAUCAGCUUAGACAGCAUGGAUGUUCCAAGUGUGGUAGUAUUCCUGUUGAUCCUGGCAAUGAUGUUAAGAACGGACAGCUCACUGUCAACUAUGUGUCAAGUUAGACAAGGCUUUGGAUGCCGAAAACUGCUCCGGAUUGCCUGAUUUUGACAAUCUCACAGCUCUGGUAAAAGCCAGUGCUGAAAUAUUCAGAAAAUCUGUUUGAGAACACCAUGGCGCAGAAAGUAACCCAUGGAGUGAAGGGAGAAGAUGAGGUGUGGGAGACGUCGGCAGACAGGCACCGAAAACCCUGCGGUAAGGUGGGUUAGACAAUAACCAAGAUACUUAGACAAUACACCUAAUUACUGC